AUGUUGAGUCGUUGACGUUUGUUAUUUCGCGUGCUCCGCAAUUUUCAUUUUCGUCCAUAGGGUCCUGAAGCUUUGUUGAUUCCGGGAAAAAAUCGCGAUGGUAAUGGACAUUUUCGUCGCCGAUACUGUAACACUAGCCGCUGCGAAAGGCCUUGGGGUUGCCAAGCUCCUCCUCCUUCGAAGCUGUUGUGCCACCUGUAAUCUCUCCGUAACCGAUUCGUACGCCGAACAAUCGUCUUCUUGUUCCCCGCCAUCUUCCAAAUUUCUCCAGAUCUCGGCCUUGAUUUUGCCGGUGGACGCACUUGCACCGCCGCCGGUGAAAUCCAAUACAUACAGAAUGCCGCGUCGGACCCUUAUCCGCAGAAAACAACGGGCGAAGCGCCGGUUGUCUGGUGGUGAUUCGGGGGACACAGGUGAUGAGGGAUUCUUCUUUGGUGAUGGCGGCAAUCGUCCUUUUGGCCGCGGCGGUUUCGGUGGCGGUGGUGGGAGUUGGAAUUUUAAUCGAUUCGGAGAAGGGCAUAGUUGGGAUGAUUCAUCGUCUUCGUAUUCGGACCCUGCGUUCGAUUUCGUCUAUCAGGUUCUGUCCUGGAUUAUGCUUUCCAAUUGUCUGCAUUUUGCUUUCAAAAAGAUUGUUCGAGAUUUUACCGAUGGAAUUGUGGAUGCCGAUAGAGAAAAAGUUCCCAGGAGAUUGGCGCCAAUUUGCUGAUUUGGUGCUUUUAUCACAUGUAAAUCAAUGCUUGCCGGUGGAAAUUGUCAUGAUUGGGGAUUACUUCUGUAUUUGGACAGGAUUUUAGAUCUUCAUUUUCGUUCAUGUAAAUAUUGUAUAUAAUUCUCAUUUAAUCUAUUAUAUGAUUGUAGAUUCUUUGUUUGGAUA